UAGUACAAUCUUACGAUGUGUCAUCACUGUCGGCCCUUGCAGAAACUGUUUAUGUUGAAAGUUUUUCCAGUCGUCAUGUUUGACCUUUUUAGUAAAAACGUUUUACUAUUUAGUGGACUAGCUACUGUGAUUUCAACUGGUGUUUAUGUGUUUUGGGGUCCUUCACAGUCUAAGCGAUCAAAAUCUAAAGAUGUAUGUGCUGGCUUACAGAAUUUAGGCAAUACUUGUUUCCUCAAUGUUAUUCUCCAGUCCUGGGCAUCAUGUAACAGUGUUAUAACAUGGCUCUCGGAUUUCAUUGUCAGACAUGAAAACCAAAGUAGUGAUUCCUUAGCUGUCGCUGUGCAAAAAACAUUGUCAGCAUUGAAUGAGACCCACAAUGACAUGUACAGUCCUGUUAAAGUACUGGAUGCACUGAGAUAUAGAAGAUGGGUUAUCUCUCAUGAUGAACAGGAUUCCCAUGAACUGUUCCAUGUAUUGACACAGACCCUUGAUGAAGAUACUGCUAGAUAUCCCAGAGUUGUCUCCCUUUUUGACACUGAUACAUUAGAGAAUUCUGAUGUUGAAUACCAGUCUGAGAAACAUGCUUUGUCCAGAACAAAAGGCCUACUACCUGUUCUACCUCACAGAGAAAUGGAACAACCCUUUAGAGGAUUACUGGCUAGUCAGAUGGAAUGUCAAAAGUGUGGAUUUAGGAACCCUAUAAAAUAUGAUGCAUUUGAUAGUUUAUCAUUGAACCUGCCAUCUAUAUCUAUGGGAGCACUUACAUUGGAGAGAAUGCUUCAGCGUUACAUUAGUGAGGAAACAGUCCAUGAUAUUGAGUGUAUAGGUUGCAGUAAAAACAGAAAACCAGUUGUUAAAACCACAUUCAAGAAAAAGCUGACAAUAGGAAAGCUACCGAAGUGUUUAUGUAUACACAUACAAAGAACUUCCUGGUUAGACAAUGGAAUGCAGAUGAAACGUUAUGACAGCGUGACUUUCCCUCAGACGUUACACAUGGAUGGUUUUGUGUAUUCAAAGUCUGCUGCAAAAGACAGGAAGCAGGGGUUAGUGGGAGGUCGAGAUGAUUGUGUCUUCAGUUUCCAAAACCAGUCUGCUUCAUCAGGUGUGAAUUUACUAAGAGCCUUGAACUAUGAUUGUACAACCCAGAGUGGCCUACAUAUUCGUAAACCAUCGUAUAACAGUACAAGUGACAUCAACCACAACAGUCCCGAGGGAGCCAUGUCAUACAAACUUAGUUCUGUUAUUGUACAUCUUGGAGAUGUGUUUACUGGACAUUUCAUCUGUUACCGUAGAAGUCCUCAGACUGUACAAGGAACCAGACAAAAUGAACGCUGGCUUUGCUGUUCUGAUUCCUCUGUGACUCCAUGUACUUUAGAUGAUGUUCUGUCAAGUGAGGCUUACAUGUUGUUAUAUGAGAGAAUGUAAUUUAUAUUUGUAGAGCUGCUUUUUUGUGUUCAUUCAAUAUUUAUUGUCUGUUUUGAAUGCACAUGAUUUCAAACACUGCCUGAUUUUUAUUUUAUCAAGUGUGUAUUUAAUCAUUACAAUCAUGAGAAAGACAAUUUUAUCUAUUUUGUUUUAUACAUUUAUUACAUACUGUGGAUUCCU